AUGGAGGACACAGUUGUGGCAAAAGCUACUGUUCUCGUGGGCACUGAUGCAAUUGCCUUUGUUAGAGUUCUUCUCCUGCUUGCAGGUCUGCGGGUUGCUUGGAUGAAAACUUCACCAUGCAUAAAGAUGAUACAGGAAUAUGGGGUCUGGAAUUUCCAAGGAAACCAAGGAGCCACUUGGGAGGAGUAUGUGGAAGCUAUAUGCUAUCGAUUUAGAGGGCAACAAGAUCCCCUGGAGGAAUUAAUGGAGCUUAAACGAGGAAAUCUGGAAGAGUACAUCCAAGAUUUUGAUAUUCUGUGGAACAAGGUAGAAAUCAAUGAAAAACAAUCGUUGGUCAUAUUCCUAGGAGGGCUGGAAUUAGAGAUAAAAAACACGGUAAAAAUGUUUAAACCCAAGACUCUUAAGCAUGCUUAUAAUUUAGCCAGGUUACAAGCCAACACACUAUCCUACAAGAAAUUUUCCAGCUCCCCUAAACGUUACUCCCCACCUAUUAUGCCCACUCAACCACAGAUUCACCUUCCUACACCCCCAAACUUCACACAGACUCCAAUGACCACUCAUAAUACCACAGCCAAACCAAAUCUAGCUCACUGGCACAAUAAUCCUUCUAAUACCACUUACAGGAACCCUAGUAAACCAACCAAAUCUCUAAAAAAUCAAGAAUUCGAGGAAAGACAACUUAAGGGGUUAUGUUUCUGGUGUGAUGAUAAGUUCAUUCCUGGCCAUAGAUGUAGAAAUAAAUGGUUGUAUUCCCUAAGUAUAACAGAAGAAGAGGAAGAUUUCACUACUAAAGAGCCUACUGGAGAUGAAUUCCAGAUAAGGGAGCUCUCACCUCACAUAUCCUUGGACGCAUUGGAAGAUACGAUGAGGCUAAACACAAUGAAAGCUACUGGUAGAUUAGACAGAAUGACUGUGAGUAUUAUGAUAGACUCAAGAAGUACACACAACUUCCGCAACGCUGAGAUGACACUCAAACUCCAGCUCCAAUUGACUGCCAUUAAACCAAUGACGGUGCAAAUAGCUAAUGGUGAAAGAAUGGAACCUAAAGGGUUGCCCUCUUUUAGACCCCAUGAUCACAGGAUUCCUCUGAAAGAAGAGGGAGAUUCGGUUAAUCUACGACCCUACAGAUACUCUGACCUUCAAAAGGAUACAUUGGAAGAAAUGGUGAAAGAGAUGCUGAGGGCUAAAAUCAUAAGAACCAGCAAUAACCUAAACCAUGUGGGGUAUUUGGGACACAUAAUUUCUGAGCAAGGAGUGGCGACAGACCCUUACAAGAUACAGGCCAUUGUAGACUGGCCAAUGCCCACAAGGUGGAAGCAACUACGAGGGUUUCUGGGAUUGACUGGCUACUACAAAAGGUUUGUCAAAGGAUAUGACAACAUUUGCAAACCACUAACUCAAUUGCUAAAAAAGAAGGCCAAGGGAUGGAACGAGGCUGCUACUGAAGCAUUUAAUCGAUUGAAAAAGGUUAUGACCAAUGCUCCAAUACUAGCUCUGCCAGACUUCAACAAAACAUUCAUAGUGGAAAUUGAUGCAUCCAUGAUGGGCGUGAGAGCAGUCCUUAUACAAGAAGGACACCCCAUCACAUUCAUUAGCAAAUCAUUGGGACCUAAACAACAGGUCAUGUUAGUAUAUGAGAGGGAAAUGCUGGCUAUUCUCUAA